AGUGUUAGAUGUUAGAGGGGGACGCGUGGGAGACGCCACCGUCGCCAUCGUCGCCGUCGCGAUGCCUGUAGCUCCUAGGACAGCGUCAGCCUCUGAACGCCUUCAGGCUCCCUACAGCACUCUCCCUUGUUUCUUGUUCUUGUGUAAGCGUAAGACCAAAAAGCCGCCGCCAUGGACGCGAUCAAGAAGAAGAUGCAAGCGAUGAAGCUUGAGAAAGACAAUGCUCAAGACAAGGCCGAUGCGAUGGAAGGUCAGGCCAAGGAUGCCAACCUCCGCGUUGAAAAACUCAACGAGGAGUUGCGCGAACUCCAGAAGAAACUCACUCAAGUUGAAGGUGACCUCACCUUUACCAAGAACGCUCUUGAACAAGCCAACAAGGAUCUUGAAGAGAAAGAAAAGACUCUCACCAACGCUGAGGCUGAAAUGGCCUCUCUUAACCGCAAAGUCCAGACCAUUGAGGAGGAUUUGGAACGUUCGGAGGAACGCUUGGCCACGGCUACCACCAAACUCGCCGAAGCUUCCCAAGCAGCUGACGAGAGCUCUCGUAUGUGCAAAGUGUUGGAAAACCGCUCCCAACAAGACGAAGAGCGCAUGGACCAACUCACCAACCAGUUGAAGGAAGCCCGUCUCUUGGCUGAAGACGCCGACAACAAAUCCGAUGAAGUGUCCCGCAAGCUGGCCUUUGUUGAAGAUGAGCUUGAAGUAGCUGAAGACCGUGUCAAAGGCGGCGAUGCCAAGAUCAUGGAGUUGGAAGAGGAGUUGAAAGUCGUCGGAAACUCCCUCAAAUCUCUGGAAGUAUCCGAAGAGAAGGCCAACCAAAGAGUCGAGGAGUUCAAGAAGCAACUCAAGACCCUCACCGUCAAGCUAAAGGAGGCUGAAGCUCGUGCCGAAUACGCCGAAAAGACUGUCAAGAAACUCCAGAAGGAAGUCGACAGGCUUGAAGACGAGCUUGGUAUCAACAAGGAUAGAUACAAGUCUCUCGCCGACGAAAUGGACUCCACUUUUGCCGAAUUGGCUGGUUAUUAAGCGAGGACGUUGCUGGAGAAACAUCAAGUCCAGGAAGUCCCUUUUUUGUUUGCUAUACAUUUAAUUUCCGGUGUAUUUAUAUUUUAACAUCUUUCUUUUACAUUGUUGUUCGGUUGAUAGUGUGCCCUAAGCUGCUCUAUGUUUGCAUUAGGAAAACCUAUGAAUAUGUAAAUUAUUGAAUAAAAUGUAAUAUAUUAUUAUAAAACUUA